GUAUAAUUUUUGAAGUACAAGACCUUAAGUUUGCUACCCUAUCCACUGUGAGUUGCUGUGGUAUGGUCUGGUUUAGUGAAGACGUCGUAACACUUGACAUGGUUUUUGAUCACUUCAUAUUGAAACUGAAAUCAAUACCUAUUGACGAGGGAGAGGAGGAACUAAGAGGAGGAGAGUGCACCUAUGACCAGAAGACCAUCUCUCCUGCAUAAUAUGCAGGUCCAGAGAGAUUUUGCUGAUCUAUUAAGUCCUCAUUUUGCUUUGAACGGUAUCGUUCCUCGCUGUCUUGAACACGCCACAACUCUAGACCACAUAAUGGACUUCAUUCACCUUAGGGCACUUGACUAUCUCUUCUUAAUGCUCCAUCAGAUGAUCCGAAACUUAGUCUCCUACAACCAGUCACACCCGGACUUUCCCAUGCUCUCCGAUCAGCUUGAGGCCUACGUUCCUUGCUACCUCAUAUUCUGUUUGAUCUGGUGCUUCUCCAGAGAUGGAAAAUGGUCUAUUGGGACAAGAUGAGCGACUUUAUACAGGGAACGACCAUCAUACCUCUACCACCUGGUACU